AUGGGGCUUACCAGUGAAGCUGCAGGGCUAUCUGCGGGAGGUUUAAGUGUCGCUCCAGUGAUUGAGGUAGCAACUUAUGCUGGGGUCGAUGUGUAUGAGUGUUAUUGUAGGGGAAAAGAAUCUAACAUUGUGAUGCGCAGGCUGCAUGAUGAUUGGGUGAAUAUUACUCAGGUGUUUAAAGUUGCAUCUUUUACAAAGACACAGAGAACCAAGGUUUUGGAAAAGGAAUCUACUGAUAUUAAUCAUGAGAAAAUACAAGGCGGCUACGGUAGAUUUCAAGGUACUUGGAUCCCGUUACUAAGUGCGCAGAAUUUGGUUGCCAAAUAUUGUAUCACGGAUAUUGUGGUGCUUACGCUUAUAAACUUUAAGCCCGAUCCCAUGAACAUGCCUCCGAGAAGAUCCAAGAACUCUGUUAUUAAAAAACUGUCGCCAGCUACUCGUAUUACUUCUCCUUCGAGCUAUAAUAAGACUCCUAAAAAGAAGAUUACAGAGUUCAAUCAUUCUACCGCUGGGUCUGUUUCCAAGAAAGCCAAAAAAAGGGCUAGUAGUAAAGCUACCCAACCAUCUCCAUUGCAGAAUCUCGUAUUUCAGACACCACAACAUCAACAAAACGGCCAACAAACCUCUAGUAAUUACACAGUCGUUACUCAAAAUCAACAGACUCCACUUAAUACAGUUAUGAUCAUGGAUUCAGCGAACAGCGAGCAAAGAAUUACUCAUCCUAAGUCGGCGUCUGGUGUAAUGCUGCUGCCUAUAAAUUCCACAUCUGUUGGCCCAGCAUCAGCUCCCGCAACUGCUGUUACUUCCAGUACUGCCUCGUCAAACACAAAUAAUCGUCGCUACGCCACUACCCAGAAGCCAUUGCAGUUUUAUCCCUUCCCAGUUCCCAAUUCUAGUGGCACUAAUAUGCAAGGUGUUCAUAUUAUUUCAGAAAAUCCUAAUCAAAAACAGAAAUCCUCGAGAAGAGUUAGCAGUAAAUCUAAAGCUAGCAGUAACCAGUCAUUAGAAUCGCGACAAAGCCAUACCAUUGCAAAAAGGAGCACAACUAUCCACAACGAGCCAAAAAUGUCAAGUUUUACUAUUGUGCAGCCACCAUCGACUCACUUUCAUAAGACUUCUGCAUCAAGUGGUUCAAAUACAUCUCAUGGAUCGUCUCUGGAUUGUUAUUCAUCUAAUGAUAAUCCUACACCAAAUUCUUCAAGAUCGGGUUCUCCUCCACCUAAGGAGAGAUUUACUCCUAAUGAAUACAAGAAUUUAAUUUUGCAAGUUUUAUCUACAGAAUACAAUACAUGCGAACCUGUUCUACCGGAAAAACUUUACUAUCCUCCAAUAGGCCUCGAUGUGAAUUUUACAAUCGACAAACAGGGACACACUGCAUUACAUUGGGCUACAGCUAUGGCAAAUAUUCCGUUGAUUAAAAUAUUGUUGACAUUGGAAGCUGAUGUAUUUCAUUGCAAUGAUAGAGGGUUUAAUUGCAUAACUAAGAGUAUCUUUUACAACAAUUGUUACAAAACUGGUGCUUUUGUUAUAGUCGUUGAGUUGUUAAAAAUUUGUCUGGUUACUCCUGAUACCAAUGGCAGACUACCUUUACAUUAUCUAGUAGAAUUAAGUGUGAACAAAUCGAAAGAUCCACUGGUUACAAAUUAUUACAUUGAUACUAUUUUAGACAUUUUACUACGGGAUGAACCUUUAUUACUGAAAAUGUGUCUAAACCUUCAAGACACAAUGGGAAAUACAGUUUUUCAUUUAGCUGCAUUAAACAUGAAUUUAGAACUAUGCAACAAGUUAUAUUACAUGGGUAGUUCCAUGGAAAUUAUGAAUUCGCAGCAGCAGACUGUGAUGUCGAUUCUUUCAAAGAUGAAUGUUACACUGCCAACAGUCAGCGUGGCCAAUACGCCAAUACCUGUGAUGAUGCCAACUCCUGUUACUGCUACCGUUAAUACGACUUCGGGUAAUCAAGAAACGUUUAAGCAGAAACAGUCUAAACUGAACACUCCGUUAAGGCCCAGGUGCAAUAAAAACAAAAGCGAAGAUAACAAACCUUCCGCCAAGAAACAAGUGGCUGAAACGACUUUUACAGAAACCCCACAAAACUUAUCAGGUAUUAGUAACCCAACUCUUACAGACUUUCUUCAAGUGCUACCAUGUACCAAUUCAAAAACCCCAUCGUACAAGGAAAAAGUAUUCGCCUUAGAUAGAAUCACAGAAAUGAACAGUACACCGGUUUUAAAGGUGACCACUCCUGGUGGUUCGUCCGCAAAUGAAGCGAACGGCAGAUCGGUACCAUCUACUGUGGCGCCUGACGGGUCUUUUCUUCCGUUGCCUUUAGAACAAAUGAUACAAUUGCCGAAAUUAAUGAGGAUAUCGGGCUCUAACGCUUCUAAACUGGCCAUACAGUUUUCAGAACUAUCUAAAUCCUUAACAAACGCAAUUGAUGAGAAUAUAGCAAAUGUUGGACUAGAAGUAGCCAAGGCGACGGAGGGUAUUGAUGGUAUUGAAAAAUCAUUGAAGUUGACUCAAAAGCAGGAAAAAGAUAUUCUAAACAAUUUUGAUGUCGAAGAGAUCGAUCAUUUGGAAGAAAAGGUUCGAAAGGCACAGUCAUGUCUCAAUACGGAAAUAAACAAGUUUGCCAAUUCGGUUGAGAAAUCCCAAGCAUUGACAUUGGCAACGCUGGUACACGAAGAAGAGGCCAAGGCUGACCGCUGUUCGAAGGAAAAUAUGGUACCUACAAGCUCUGAUGCGUCGAAAGAAUUGUUCAAACUUGGGGUAGAACUAUCUAUCCUCCAACUAAAAAGAAAACAUGUAAUAGAAAAGGUCUGUAACGCCAAAACUAUCAUAAACUUAAGCAACAAGAUCUACAAAUAUCGUAAGCUCAUUGGUAUGUCCAUAGAAAACAUUGACUCAAAGUUAAAUGAUAUUGAGAGUGAUUUACGCGGUACGGUAGCCUGA